UAAACAGCUGAUGAGAUUACACUUGAUAGCAAAGCGCAAAGUAGCAAAGCGCCUUUGUUGACAUGUUUCUGUUCAUAAGUCGUCCCAUGGGGACGCUGGGCAAUCGCUUGCGAGCGGUUCGUGAGCGAUUAGGCGAUGAUUUCAUCGGCAAGCUGGACGAACUGCAUCUGAAUGCAUUGCGGACUGGCCUUGUGUCCACAGCGGAUCUGCAGGAAGCGUAUCGUAAGGCACGCGACAUGAACACCAAUCAGAACCGUCUUAAUCUCUUGUGGCUGCUGGGCAUCAUAUUCUUCAUAUUGGUGGCGACUCCAGUCUUCUACGAGACCAUAUCAUUUUUACUAGGAGUACGUUGCUUUCUACCCAACAAUCAUCUGGUCUGGGAGGCAACGCGUCCAAUUAGCGACUGUGAAUUUUGCAAGGGUGUCACUGGACCAUUGAUCCUACCAAACCUAACGCGGGAAGACUUUGCACGAUAUGCGUACUCCUCGCUGCCCAUCAUUGUGAAGAAGGCAGUGACGCAUUGGCCAGCACAACAGAAUCUUAACUAUAGUUACAUAAAGGAACUGUAUGACAGUGUGCCUGGCUCUUUGGAGGCUGUCUGCCAAUUCCAGCAUUUUAGCUCUGAUCUCAAGUCAUUGCGGGACGUUUUUAACAUCUCCCCGGGACGCGCCAAUCUCACUGAGGGCGCUCCCUGGUUUGUGGGCUGGAGCGUUUGUCAUCCCACGGUGCUGGCGGAGCUGCGUAAGUUGUACCCACGUCCACAUUUUCUGCCCGUCGAUGCAGAGAUGCCGAACACGGACUUUAUUCUGAUGGGCUACGAGCAGGGCGCCGUUAUGCACCUGGACUACAUUCCGCGACUAAUGUGGCAAGCGCAACUGCGAGGCAAUAAAAGCUGGUUCCUCUCGCCUGCGCCGGAGUGCGAUCAUCAAUGUCAGUCGUUCUUCUUUUAUGUGGAGCCAGGCGAUGCAGUUCUAGUGGAUACACGCAUCUGGUAUCAUGCCAAUACUAUACCCAGAGGACAAUUUUCACUUACCGUACAAUCCGAAUACGGCUAAAUCGACACUCAUUCGAGUACUUUCACAACAGACUGAUGUUAAUGUUAAAAUGUUAAGCGCGCGAUUAGUAAAUUUAAAUUUAUUUGCAAUUGAUAUUCAAAA